AUGGAACUCAACCGAGAACAUUUUCGCGCCAUAAUCUAUUGCAACUUUCAGAGACAAUUAUCGCAACAAGAAUGCCUUGCUGAGUUACGGCAAUUUCCCGUUGAUCCCAGGGUGGGUGUACCAGAAACGGCAUUUACCCAGGAAUACGUCGAUGCUGUGCGCAAACUCAUCAUUGAAGAUAGACAUGUGACAUAUCGCGAGAUUGAGGCGUCCUUGAGGAUCUCAAAGACCUCAAUUCAAAAAAAUGUACAUGAAGAAUUAGGAGGAAGAAAAUUAGUUUCUCGUUGGAUAUCCCACCUGUUGACUGAAGAGCAGAAAGUAGCCAGGGUUAAUUGGUGUCAAAAAACGCUUGACCUGUUCCAAGGUGAAGAAAAUCCAACAAAAGCGGGUCAUAUUGCUAAAAUUCCUCCUAAUGUCCAAAGAACUGUUACUGUGGAUUGGUAUACCAACAUUUCUUUGUCAGAAGUCAUCACCGGGCUUCGAAAAAUCAACCCCGAAAGAAGAGUCAUCCUCCACCAAGACAAUGCAAGCUCGCACACAGCCCAAAAAACAAGACAGUAUUUAACGGAAGAAAACGUGGAAUUAUUGGACCAUCCUCCAUAUAGUCCCGAUCUAAGUCCCAACGAUUUAUUUACUGUCCCGAAAAUUAAAAACAGACUGCGUGAAGAAGCAGUUGACGCAGUCAAAAAUGCCGUUUUGGAUCUGCCAGCAAACGAGUGGAAUGAGUGUUUCGAAAAUUGGUUCGAGCGCAUGCAGAUGUGUAUUAAUCUUCGUGGAGAAUACUUCGAAAAACAAUAA